UCUCAGUGUGGCUCAAUGCUACCUGGUAAUUUUCAUGGCAGCACAGGGCAGAGCUCUUCCUCACCAUACACUGUCACUGUCAACCAGACCACCUACCAGCCAGGAGACACCAUCCAAGUGACUCUGUCAGGAACCUUCACCUAUAAGGGGUUUCUUCUGGAGGCCCAUGAGGAAGGACAGAACACAGCUGUGGGAACGUUCUCUCUCGGCAGUGGGACUGGGAUCGUUCUUGUGCCUUGCAAUAAGAUCGCAGCCUCUGGGGUGAGUCAAAGCAACAAUCAGCCUAAAUCAUCAGUAACAGUCACCUGGACAGCACCAGCCUCAGCCUCCUUGGGCAACAUCAUAGUCAAGUGA